AUGUCAUCAUCAUUUAUAUCUUCAUAUUUAUCAUUCUACAAUCUAUUAUCUUCAAGUUUAUGGAGCUACAUAUUAAUUGAGAAUAUAUUUUAUGUAUUUAUUCAAAAAGCAUUUCCAAUUCCACCACAUCAGGUAUUAAUUUAUACUCAAGUUUUCAACACCACCAUUGAAAUAUUACAUUCUAUUUUUGGUUUAGUUAGAACACCAAUUCCAACAUUACUUUUACAAUCAUUUGCUAGAUUAAUUAUUCUUAUUGGAAUUGUCGUUUAUAUUCCUCAAUCUCCUGCAAUUUAUAAUAUUUAUACUUUUUCGGGUUUAAUAUUUGCAUGGUCAAUUACUGAAAUUAUAAGAUAUUCAUAUUAUGUGUUUAAAAAUAGUUCAAUAUUAAAAUAUUUGAGAUAUACUACAUUUAUAAUCUUAUAUCCAAUUGGAUUAACAAGUGAAAGUUGGACAGUUUUUCAUUCAUAUGAAUAUACUAGUGGAUUCUACUACUAUUUUUUAAAAUAUGCAAUUGUAUUAUACUUACCUGGGUUUUUAUCUUUAUAUAGUUAUAUGUUCAAACAAAGAGCUAAAGUUCUUCAUUAA